AUGGCGGAAAUGCAAAAUUCAAACCCCACGAUCCUCAAUGCUGCUGAUCUCCCCACGCGGUUACAACCCACCACUCGCAAGUCCGAAUAUGUUGGUAUCUUCACAUCCGCCCUACCCCUCGCCCCAGUAGACUUCGAGAGUGCCCUGUCAUCUGACUCAGAGGAUGACAACCUACUGGAGGAGCCCAUUGAUGAACAGGAAAUAUAUGAUCUCAUCUCGUCGAUCUCCGAUCCGGAACACCCCAUCUCCCUCGGUGAAUUAGCCGUGGUAUCUCUCCCAGAUAUUGCGAUCAAGCCAACCCUUCCCGACGUCCCUGAUUCACCUCUGCAAACUGUCACCGUGCUUAUCACGCCUACAAUCACCCACUGCAGUCUGGCAACCGUCAUCGGUCUUGGCGUCCGCGUUCGUUUGGAACAGUCCCUCCCCUCAAGAUUCCGAAUGGAUGUGCGUAUCAAGGAAGGCACACACAGUACUGGAGAUGAAGUCAAUAAGCAGCUCGCCGAUAAGGAGCGGGUUGCCGCGGCCUUGGAGAAUGGUGCGUUGAUGGGGGUCAUUGCUAAAAUGAUGGAGACUUGCCACUGA